UACGACUUAAAAAAAUCAACUAACUUUUAGUUUUUACUCAGCUUUUUUGAAAUCAGUAAAACCGAUUAUUUACGGUUUUAUACGCCCAUUAGAAUACACAAUAUUAUUAUGUACCUCAAUACGCUAUAUUAACGUACGAAAUUAAUAACUAUUUUGUUAUCAAAACGAGUUAUCUACCGUAGAUAACUCAAUACUGUUUUUUUUGUUAUUAUUAUUAUUAUUAUUAUUAUUUACAGUAUGUAACAAUGUGAUUUAUAGGUAAGUAAUGGGUAGGUUUAGAAGUGCUUCUUGACAUGGUCCCGAACAGCUAUUUUUUCAAAUUUACGAUUUCAUAAAAAUCCUCGUACAACAAACAGCGAUGAACUCUUUUCCGCCACGAACUGCUACGCUUUUGUACGAACUGGACAAAAAGCUCAUGGUUCUUUUACGUGAUGGUAGAACACUUAUUGGAUACUUACGAAGCGUUGAUCAAUAUGCCAAUUUAUUGCUUCAGCAAACAGUUGAGCGCAUACAUGUGGGUAAGAAAUUUGGUGAUAUACCCAGAGGUGUGUUUUUGGUGAGAGGAGAAAAUGUCGUUUUACUCGGGGAAAUAGACGCCCUAAAAGAGGCCGAUCAGAUGUUUGAAAGAGUGUCGAUAGGAGAUAUUUUAGCAUUACAAAAACAAGAGCAAGAUGCCAAGAUUGAAAAGGCUAAAUCUAUUGAACGGUCUUUGAAAAGAAGAGGUAUGCGAUUUCCUCCUGACCUUGUUCAAGAUGAUUUUCUUUGAUUAACAUGAUAAAUUUGCAAAAGUAAACAAUCAACAAAUAGUGAUACUUUAAUGUUUUCCAAUUUUGUAGAUUUGUUAAUUAUUUUAACUUUGAAUUCUAACAAAUUAGUAACUAAAGGCUGUCAAAAUAUUUACAAUUAUAUUUUUUAUUUAAAUAGUAAGAGUAAAAAUUGUUAGUAUCUUUUAUUAAUUUACCUAAUAAUAAAAACAUGGUGAUUUUUAUAUUUUACGCAAUGACAAGGAAACCAACUUUUUUCAAUUAUGUGUUUCAAACCAUUUUUUUGGAACAAUUAAAGAUCUUAAAAAUGUUUAUGUUACCGCUGUGUUGUUUGGAAAUUUAAUGCGAAUGGUAUAUAGUGUAAAGUGUAAAUCAUUAUACUGUUAACUUAUUCCUUGUAAAUACAAGCAAACUGUGUAAUGCAAGAAAAAAUUUUGAUUUUUAGUUCAUUUGUCAUUAAUUUUUUAUUUUUUUUAUUCAACCUUAAUAAUUUACAUUAAACAUUUCAUUUGUCAUUAAGUCAUUAAUUUUUUAGUAAAUAGAUUUGCUAAAUUUUUUUUCUCCAAAGUUGUCAGUAUUUAGCAAAGAACGGCAAAGCUAUUUCUUAAAAGUAUAAACAUUUAUAUUUGAACAUAAUUCUAAUGACCUAGAUUAAAACUUUAAAUUGUCAUAAUAUAUAGCUAUUUAGAUUCUAAUAAUUACAUACAGGGUGGAUCAUGAGUAUGUUUUUGUUUUUUUUUUUGUUUAUAGAGGGCUUUGAUUUUGUAUACUAAACUAUUGAGUCAUUUUUUUUAUCGGUUUUAAGUUUAAUUUAUUAAUAACCAUAAAAUUUGAUUCUAUAAAAGUAUUUAAAUAUGUAACUUAUUAUAUUACUGAAUACAAAUUAAAUCUGUGUUGCUUGAAUAGUUUAAUAUUUUUAUAAAAUAGAUUUUUAAUUUACUUUUAUGCAACUGUAAAAAUGUAAGCUUAUGGAAAGUCUCCUAAAUUAAUUGAUAUGCAUUUAGUCUAUUAUAAGUUUAGGAGAUUUCAUUUUUCAGAACGGCUUAUUACAUAACUUGAUACAAAACCCACCCAAAACAUAACUGCAACUGCCGUAGGGCUGCAUUUAUGGCUGCUAAAAUAAGGUAUACGUUCAAUUUUAGAAUUUUGUACUUAAGUACCUUCUAUUUUUGGAAUCAUUCAUGUUCAUUUUAUUAGUUUCUACCUGUAUAUUUUUGUACCACAAUUUAUAAAAUAUAACUUUCUCUAAAUGCUAAGAACAAAGAUAUUGCAGUUAAAAUAUUAUGAGUUACAUUAUUUACUAUGUCAUAUUGAUUGCUUAUUAUGUUUCCUAUUUUAUUUUUGUUGUAAUAAAAUCAUAAUAUAGAAUACAUUAUAAUACAAUCAGAUAAUACUGCAACUAUCAUCAUCGUAUAUUCGUAUAUCAUCUAGAAAAAAAAAGAUUGUAAGUGUUCAAUUUUGUAUUUAGUGAAAUUAGAAAAAACUUUGUCUCAAAAUAGAUUUUAGAAUAUUUAUAUAUAAAUACUAUGUUUGUAUAUUACUUAUGUUAGUUUUUUUUUGUGUCUGAGAAAAUGUCAAGUAGAAAAACGAAUAAAAAUGCAAUAAUUGU